AUGGCAUCCUGGUUGGCAAAGCUUGCUGCAUGGUGCUGCGCCGAGGCCCACCCAAGGCCUCUCCGCACGACCCCACCGGCUGCCGCCAAAGCAACUGCAGCAGCUCUCGACCAGCUGCUGGCAGAUUUGCACGAGUCUCGUCGUUCGGAUGCUUCGGCGUGCGCGGAGACGCAUUUGCAGGAAGCAGCCAUGGCUGCUGCAGGCGUGGUGAAGGCUUUGGAGCGCCAGAAGGACGGUGCUGCUUUGGAGCAGCUUUUGCUGCAGGUGACCCGACAUGCAUCAGAGAUGUGCAUUGCGGCUUCGGAGAAGUGGGGCUUUCCCUUGGAGGCGCCUUAUCUGAAGGCGGCGCAAAAGGUCCGGCGACGAACGCCCUACAUGCCGGGAUGGGGCGAUGGCUCUGCAGCAAAGACCUGUGGCGAGGCCCAGUCGCUCUGGAAGAAGGCGAAAGCCAUGGAGAAGCAGAUGAAGCCUGGGGAAGUGACGGUCCCCGCCUCCUCCAUGGACGCCGCUGGUGGAAGCGUUUCGCUGAUUUGGGUGGUGCAUGAGCUCGUGACCCUCUGUCCAUGGACUUCCAGCAUGGACGCUGGGUCUCUCAUGAAGUUCAUCCAGGAUGAGUGCACGGAGACGCUGGCCGAGAUUACUGCACUUCACGCUGGCAACCUAGGAGCACGUUCCUCCGAGGAUGUCAUCGCCGACUUGGUGGCCGAGCUGGGCGAUGUCCAGUUCACUCUGCUGCUGGCGCUCUUCAUCAGCGGCAGAGAUUUCGGCCUAGACCCGGUUCAUCUCUUGCAGACCCUGUCCUCGCAGGUUCGGCAGCAGAAAAAGGCAAAAAGGUGCUACGGGAAGGAGAGCUACCAAGACAUUAUAGCUGUCGGCAUCAUGUGCACACUGAAGGCUGUCAUGGAAGCUAAGACAGACUACAUCGCGAGCUGGAGUCCAGAUGUUCAGGGCGUGAAGAAGGUGCCCGAUCUCAUCACGCUCGAUGGUUCGACCACGACGUCCGUGUUCACGAUCCCAACGGAUGACGGCGCCUUCCAGGAACAGAGCAACUUAGCCACGAUUCUGGUGAUCUCCGCUGCUCGGGACCCAGAUUUGGCCGAAGACAGGUCAGCCUAUGCUUCUGCUCCGUGGUAUGCCGAGUGGUGCUAUUCCGCCGGGGAGAGAGUGGCACCAGACUCCUAUGCCGGCAGCGCGGUCCUGCGCACGGUGUCCCGAGGCCGCUGGGACGGCUCGUUGCAGCUAUGGUCCUGGCUCCACCAGUGCUCCCCCAGCGCAUGUGACGAGUUCACAGGUAGCGCUGUGCUCAACGGGUGCGCCCGGAACCGCCGCUGGGCGGAGGCGGUCGGCACGCUGGCGACGUUGCGGGCGUGGGGAGGAAGGCUUGAUGUUGUCACAUGCAGCGCCGCCGUAAGUGCUUGCGAGCGCGCUCAGCCCUCACAGUGGCCUCGGGCCCUUCGCAUGCUUCGUGAGACGCCGGAGGAUCCGAACGAAUUCACUUUCAGUGCCGCAGCCAGCGCUUGCGAGAAGGCAAAUCUCUGGCAGAAUAGCCUCGGAUUGCUUUUUGAGCUGCGGCGAACACCGCGAAAGCGAGGCACACCGUCGGAGCAAGGACCAAAGACCGUCCUUCAACCGACAGUGGUCAGCCACGCGGCAACUCUGAGCGCCUGCGCCGGCGGCCGAAAAUGGCCCUGGGUGAUGUGGCUCUUUCAGAAGAUCCAGUACCAGAAAGACCUGGAUGUGGUCGUCUUCGGCGCCGUGAUCACGGCUUGCGAUGCCUUGGGGGGAAGAUACUGGCAGCUUGCCCUGUCCCUCCUCCAGCGCGUGAUUGCGCGCGGCCUGCGCACCAGCGCCGAACUCCUGGGUGCGGGGGUGAAGGCCUGCGAGGCCGCGAUGCAGUGGCCAUGGGCCAUGCAGCUUCUCCGCUACCACCGUGCU